AUGAUGAGCAGGGUAGCGUUGGGUUUUGAUGAUGGUGAUAGUGGGUCUGAAGAUGAAGUACAGCAAAAACCAGUUGCUCGUCGAUUUGGAGGGAAAAGUUUUGGUAAAGUAAGACCAAGAACAAAUAAAGAUCUUUUAGCUGAAAGUUUACAAAAUCAAAUCAAGGCACAAGAAUAUGAGGCUAAGGAUCCUGAAGCGUAUCAAUAUGAUGAAGUUUAUGAUGAAAUACAAUCAGCUAGGGAAUCCAAGAAACCUAAACCUGUAAAUGAUCAAAAUGGUUCAAAAUAUAUUGAUAGAUUAUUAGAAGCUAAAAAGAAGAGAAAUUUAGAUAAAUUACAUUUACAAGAUUUAAAACAACAAAAAGAACGUGAAUUAGAAGGUGAUGAAUUUAAAGAUAAAGAAGUAUUUAUAACAAAAUCAUAUAAAAAUUUUAAAGAUCAAAGAAUAAAAGAACAAUUGGAAUUAGAAAAGGGGAUAAAUAAUGAUAUAAAUACAUUUCGUGAUAAUAUAACAAAUAAUAAUCAAAAUCAAAAUCAGACAAAUCAAGAUUCAACAGACCAAAAUGAAUCAACCAAUAAUACAGAAAUAAUAUAUACAUCAUCAUUCCUAAACAAUAUGAAUCAACAACAACAAUCAACCAAUAAUAAUAAUAAUGAUGAUGAUGAUGAUGAUGAUGAAGGGAAUAAUAAUCCUAAUAAUAAUUCAAAUUCAUUACCAAAUCCACAUACAAUAGAAUCAACCCGAUUUAAUAGAGAUCAUUUAAUACCUCCUUUACUUUCUGAUGAAGUUAUUCAAGGAUAUAGAGAAAGAUAUGAACAAAGAUUAGCUGAAAGACAACGAUUAAAAGAACUUGAAUCAAAAGCAAAAUCAAAAUUUAAAUUUAAAUUAAAGAAAUGA